AUGUCCAUUGACUUUCCCGCUGAAGAGGAGGCCGUCCUCAAGCGGUGGAGGGAGAUCGAUGCCUUUCGCCGACAGGUUGAGCUCUCCCGCGGCCGGAAGCCUUACACUUUCUACGAUGGACCUCCUUUCGCAACCGGUCUUCCCCAUUAUGGCCACUUGCUCGCGAGUACCAUCAAGGACAUCAUUCCUCGUUACUUUUCAAUGACCGGUCACUACUGCGAGCGAAGAUUCGGCUGGGAUACACACGGUGUGCCAAUCGAACAUGAAAUCGACAAGAAGCUCGGAAUGUCCGGGUCUGAAGCCGUCGAAAAACUAGGUAUCGCCCAGUACAACGCAGAAUGUCGAGCAAUCGUGAUGAGAUACGCCGGAGAAUGGCGACAAACUAUCGAAAGACUCGGUCGUUGGAUUGAUUUCGACAACCCCUAUCGUACCCUCGACGCUACCUUCAUGGAGUCGGUUUGGUGGAUCUUCAAGCAAUUGGCGGACAAGGACAUGGUAUACCGUGGAUACAGAGUUAUGCCGUACUCAACAGCCCUCAAUACACCUUUGAGUAACUUUGAGGCUUCUCAAAACUAUAAAGAUGUGACCGACCCGGCCGUUGUAGUCGCCUUCCCCCUAGUCGAGGACCCGAAUGUGUGUCUGUUGGCAUGGACAACCACGCCUUGGACCCUUCCAUCAAACACCGGUCUCUGCGUGAACCCCGAAUUCGAUUACAUCAAGAUUCUCGAUGAAGCGUCCGGAAAACACUAUAUUCUGAUGGAGAGCCUACUACGCACGCUCUAUAAAGACCCCAAGAAAGCCAAAUUCAAGAUCGUUGACAAGUUUAAGGGAUCUGUUAUGAAGGGGUGGAAGUAUGAGCCACUUUUCGACUACUUCGCCGAUGAAUUCACAGAGACUGGAUUCCGUGUGUGCAACGAUGGAUAUGUCACUUCCGAUGCUGGUACCGGUAUUGUCCACCAAGCACCUGCAUUUGGUGAGGACGAUUACAGAGUUGCUGUAGAACAUGGAGUUAUUACAGAUAAACGACUACCACCCAACCCUGUGGAUCCCACUGGUAACUUCACAUCAGAAGUCCGUGAUUUCGUCGGUCAGCAUGUCAAGGCUGCCGACAGAGCUAUUAUCAAGCACCUCAAGGGGAUUGGUCGCUUGAUUGUCGACGGCCAGAUUACUCACAGCUACCCAUUCUGCUGGCGCUCAGACACGCCUCUUAUCUAUCGAGCCGUGCCAGCCUGGUUCGUCAAGGUUGGACCUGUCAUCCCAACCAUGCUCAAAGGCAUUGAAGAUUCCCACUGGGUCCCAUCCUUCGUCAAGGAAAAGCGAUUCGCGAACUGGAUCUCAAAUGCUAGGGACUGGAACAUUGCUAGGAACCGUUACUGGGGAACCCCAAUUCCUCUUUGGGUCAGUGACGACUUUAAGGAGGUUGUUGCCAUUGGCAGUGUUGCGGAAUUGAAAGAACUUAGCGGUUACGAGGGUGAAUUGACUGAUCUCCAUCGUGACAAAAUCGACCACAUCACCAUCCCAAGCAAGCAAGGCAAAGGCGUGUUGCGCCGUGUGCCCGAGGUCUUUGAUUGUUGGUUCGAGAGUGGUUCAAUGCCUUAUGCAGCAGUCCACUAUCCGUUCGAACGUCAAGAAGAGUUCCAGAACGCAUUCCCUGCUCAAUUCAUUGCUGAGGGUCUUGACCAAACACGUGGUUGGUUUUAUACAUUGUCUGUUCUGGGUUGUCAUCUUUUUGGAAAGUUGCCGUACCAGAACGUUAUUGUCAAUGGAAUCGUGUUGGCUGAAGAUGGUAAGAAGAUGUCUAAGCGAUUGAAAAAUUAUCCCGAUCCAACUUUGAUCAUGGAUCGUUACGGUUCCGAUGCUCUACGACUCUACCUUAUCAACUCUCCCGUUGUGCGAGCUGAGCCCCUCCGAUUCAAAGAAGCAGGUGUGAAGGAGAUUAUUUCCAAAGUUUUGUUGCCAUUGUGGAACAGCUACAAGUUCUUCGAAGGACAGGUUGCUCUUUUGAAGAAGAUUGAGAACAUUGACUAUGUUUUCGAUCCCGAGGCGGAAGUCACCAACACCAAUGUCAUGGACCGAUGGAUUUUGGCCAGCUGUCAGAGUCUCCUCAAAUUCGUAAACCAGGAAAUGUCUGCUUAUCGUUUGUAUACUGUGGUUCCAAGACUUCUUGAACUCAUUGACAACACAACGAACUGGUAUAUCAGAUUCAACCGAAGACGUCUGAAGGGUGAGAAUGGUGUUGAAGAUACACAGCAUGCGCUCAACACAUUGUUUGAGGUCUUGUACACCCUUGUUCGCGGACUUGCGCCAUUCAUUCCUUUCAUCACCGACACCAUCUACUUGCGCCUUCUCCCCCAUAUUCCGCAGUCACUACGCGGGGAAGACGAUCGCAGUGUGCACUUCCAGCCAUACCCUCAAGUUCGCGAGGAGCUCUUUGACGAAGUUAUCGAGAGACGUGUGGCUAGAAUGCAAAGAGUCAUUGAGCUGGGCCGUGUUUCCCGUGAGCGCCGUACUCUGGCAUUGAGGACACCCCUGAAGACACUCGUUGUCAUUCACCAGGAUCAGCAAUACUUGGACGAUGUCAAGUCUCUUGAGUCUUAUAUUGUUGAGGAACUCAACGUGCGGGAUCUUAUCCUGUCCUCAGAUGAAGAGAAGUACAACGUACAAUACAGUGUCUCCGCAGACUGGCCCACACUGGGCAAGAAGCUCAAGAAGGACGCGCAAAAGGUGAAGAAGUCCUUGCCUUCAUUGACAAGCGAAGAUGUCAAGAGGUUUGUUGCCGAAAAACGCAUUGUCGUUGAUGGCAUCGAACUCGCCGAAGAGGACUUGGUCGUCAAGCGUGGUAUCAAGGAAGACGAGACGUCUCAGAAUAUGGAGACAAACUCUGACAGCGACGUCCUUACCAUCUUGGAUGUCAAUGUCUACCCCGAACUGGCAGACGAGGGUAUCGGACGAGAGAUUAUCAGCCGUGUCCAAAGACUACGUAAGAAGGCGGGCUUGCAGACUACAGAUGAUGUCAAGAUGGAGUACAAAGUGCUUUCUGAUCCCGAGGACAUCGGCUUGGCGAAGGUAUUCCAGACCCAAUCCGCGGCCUUUGAGAAAGUGUUGCGCAGACCUAUCGAUCACCAUGUCAUUACUAAGGUGGCCGGGGAAAUCCCCAAGGAAGAGGAGCCAGGUCUCAUCGUGGAAGAGGAGCAAGAAGUUCAAAAAGCAACCUUCUUGCUCAGACUACUCAAGCUGUGA